AUGUUGUUGUUGUUAGUUAAUGUAUUGUUAACGAUAGUUACAAUGACUACAGCCACCCCAGUUCCUGCCAAUUUAAGCCUACGACCAACAAUAUCUUCUGGAACUCAGGCAAGUAGAACUUAUUCAACAUUAAUACCCUCAUAUACUCCACUUGCACCAAUUUUAAAGAAGAGGACUAUAAAAGAACCUGAUCGGAUUGCAUUUAAUAAUGAGAAUGAUAUCCGGUUGAAUAAAGUAAAGAAUAGCGGUACCGCAAAAAUAUGGAAAGGGUUGAAGAAUGCUGAUGAUAAUGUAAAGAAUGAAGAUUAUGAAUUUUAUGCCCAUCAAUUGGGAUAG